CUAUUUUGAAUUUAAUUUAAAUAAUAUUAUUAUUAUUAACAAUGUCUGUUACCUUACACACUGACGUUGGAGAUAUCAAAAUUGAGCUUUUUUGUGAACAAUGUCCAAAAGCAUGCGAAAACUUUCUAGCGUUAUGUGCAAGUGAUUACUACAAGGGAUGCCUAUUUCAUAGAAACAUUAAGGGUUUUAUUGUACAGACAGGUGAUCCAACUGGAACUGGAAAAGGAGGUACAUCUAUAUGGGGGAAAAAGAUUGAUGAUGAAUUCAAGGAAGAAUUAAAACACAAUGCUAGGGGUAUGGUUAGUAUGGCCAACAAUGGACCAAACACAAAUGGCAGCCAAUUUUUCUUUACAUAUGGAGAACAGCCACAUUUGGAUCUGAAGUAUACAUUAUUUGGAAGAAUCAUAGACGGUUUUGAAGCACUUGAUGACUUGGAGAAAAUGCCAGUCAAUCCCAAAACAUUCAGACCAUUAUCAGAGGCCAAAAUAACAUCUGUUACUAUACAUGCAAAUCCAUUAGCUGGUUAAGAAUAAAUGAAAAAUUAAUAUUCA